AUGCCGUUUGCAAGUCUGUCUUGUUUGGUGAGGUACAACUGCACCAUUGGCCUUCCAGCAUACUAUUCGCGCCGGCUCGACCAGGAGUCCAAAGACUUUUGCAAUAAUGUUUUAAAACCGUUACUCCAAACUGAUGAAUUUGCUGAUGCCGUUUGGAAGGUUUGUUCUCGCAUCGCAUGGCUUGAGCAGAAUACCCGUGAUUGGGAUGGAGCACAGGCAGCACAUAUCACGGGAGCUGCGCAAGGCUACCAGGAAAGUAUGGCCGCAGAUGCUAGUAUUGUGGCUGAGAACGUCAGCCGCAUGGGCUUCAACUUCUAUGGAUGA